AUGGAUGUCAAUGGCUUUCAAGUUCUUCCUUCACAGGUAGAAUCUGUAAGACUUAUCUUUAAAAGACAUCCAGAUAUUGCGGUAGAGUUCCGUGCAAAGAACCAACAUCUGAGAAACGCAUGCAUGGAUUUACUGCUCAGCUUAAUUGAAACGAUGUGCCAAUCACUCGAGGAUCUCUCCAAUGAAGAUCUUGUUGAAGCAGACAUUGCACUUACGUACUUGAAAGACGCUGGAUUUAAGGUGGAUUGGUUGGAGAAAAAGCUGGACAUAGUUAAAGACAAGAAGGAGAAAGAGCAGUCCAGUUUGGCUCGGCUACAGGAAAUGGAGGAUUUUUUACUGAAACUGAAGCAACAAUGUUCAGACCUGAAUGCCCUAGUGGAGAAGGAAGAGGAAGAGUUGUUGGACACAAGAACUCCUAUGUCAUUCGAUGAUGUUGUUUGAUUAUUUGAGUUCUUAGACAU